GCUGGGACCUGGGCACAUGCACCCUGGGGGAGCCCGGGCACCCCUGGGCACUGCGGGCAGGGGGGCUGCAAGCUUUGGGGUCUGCACGACUCCCCUCCUCCAGUGAACAUCCUGACCGCUGUGGCCCUGUCCCUGAGGACCAAGAAAUCAUCCUACUGGUACCUCCUGGCCCUGACCGCCUCUGACAUCCUCACCCAGGUCUUCAUCAUCUUCGUGGGCUUCAUCCUGCAGACGGCCAUCCUGGGGCGCUUCCUCCUGGCUGUCACCACUGUCUUCAUCGUGCUCUGGGCUCCCCGGGUCAUGAUCUGCCACCUCUACGUGGCCUCGGGCAAGAGGGACUGGUGCAUGCACUUGGCCUUGGACGUCGCCAACGUGGUGGCCAUGCUCAACAGCACCCUCAACUUCUUCCUCUGCUGCUUUGUCAGCCAGACCUUCUGCCACAUGGUGGGCGAGGUGCUGAGGGCUCACCUCUGCCUUGGCACCCGGCCUGGCAGUGCCCGCUUGCCACCCCCAGCCCUGAAACUGCUGGAGCUGCUCGCUGGCACUGCCCUCUGA